GUGAAAAAUAUAUAGUGGUCUUAGAAUAUGAGAUUUAUCUUUACUUUUAGCAAAAAGCAAACAUGCUUGCUUUCCAUAAAUGCAAGCUUCACAUAAACCAGUACUGGGAUAUACAUUAUUUAAUUUUUCAUAAUAUUCCUGCCUUUUUAGUUCUAAAAAUUUAUUCUUACUUUAUAUGACCUAAGCGCUCAUGCCACAAUAUAUAAUUAUCAUAUGGCGCUUUGGUUUCAUGCACAUUUAUUUGAUUUGCAAUAUUUUGAAUCAGACUUUUAUUUAUUUUAAAAAUUAUUGGUAUUAAAUUAUUAAUCACCUUACCAGUUAUAAUGGUUUUACUUUCAUGGCUUAUCGUCACUUCACCAUUUGAUGUAAAAAGUACAUCCAUACCUGCCUCUUGCAUGCGUCUUACCGAGAGUAGGUUGUAUGGAACUUCGGGAGUGAAUAACACAUUUUCCAACUUUCCAUGGACACCCAAGUUGGUAAUAAUAUUGAUUUCUCCUCUUUGAUAAGCCUUUACAGCAGUAUUGUUUUUCGCAACUGAUAUGUCUACUGGUUUUGUUAAUUCCGUAGAAUGGGUAAAAUAUUGGUGCCGAUUUAUAAUGUGAUCGGUGGCUCCAGAAUCCAGAAGAAACUUAAUAGUAUUAUUACUUUGAUAGUUAGCAGGUUUUGGCAAAUUGCUACUAGACAUCAUAAAUGCAAAACUUGAUUCAUCCCGAUUGGUUUGAAUCGCAUGUAAUGUCCUGGAUUCCUGUUCUCGUUUGUAGUAGAAACAGUUUGAUUUAAGGUGAUUUGUCCUACCACAAUAGUCGCACCUUGUAAAGGUAUAUCUCUUCUUCGGGUAGCUGUUACUAUUGUUAUUAUACUUUGAUUUUGUUUUAAAAUUCCGUUUAUUGACAAAUUUAUUUUUUUUUUGGCUUUAAAAGAGUGGAAUUUUUGGUUCUUAAACGGCCUUGCUAUUUUUGGAUCUGUUACCUGGACAUGCAAAACUUUGCUAGUCGUGUCUCCACUUUCCUGCUGCGAUUUUGUUUCCUGACCCAAUAAACGUGUUUUUACACCUAAAUUGAUGGUGUCUUCCAACAAAGUUUCAAUUGCAGUCACUAUCCCAUCAUAUGAAGGAGGCAGAGUUAAGAGUAAGUGGGCUACUCUACUCAUUUCACUUAAUACAGCUCCUGCGAAUAUUACGCUCGUGCGCGGGUAAAGGGGUAUAAGUCAGAAUAUUUAUAAAAUGAGGUUAACGCAAAAUUCGACACCACUUUUCAAGAUCUUGAAUUGUGUAAAAGGGUAUAACUCUAGCCGCGUUUAAAAUCCGUAUUUUCAAUUGUGUAAAACAGGUUUAAAAUAUGUAUAUAUAGGGAGUAUGGAUAUAUAUCAUUAUAUAUCCGUUUUCACAAGAAGCUGGUUUGGCGUAAAGCGAUUUAACAUGACUUAUACCUCUUUACCCUAAUCACAGAACAACCCACGUUAUUUUGUGCCGUACGAAUAUGUCACUAUUAUUUUUGUUUACAUAUUUUUAAUGACGCAUGGCGUGUUGAAUGCUUAGCAAAAUAAUCGACAUAAUUUGGUUUUAAACAAGUUUAGAAACCUUUGGUUGCUUAAAUAAGUUCUAGAACCCUGCCAGAACAGGCAAAGAAGACUAUAGAACGUCCUGUUUGGGUUAAAGUGCAUAGUUUUGUCAUUAGUUUAAGUGAGGUUAUGGCUUCAAAAAGAACAAAAUUAAUGAUUGAUAUGUGCAAAGAAAAUUGAUUUGAUAAUCUUUGUGCCGUUGAGGAUGGUAAGUUCAGCUCAAAUAUUAAAUUAUGCUUUUAUGUUUAAUACGCAAUUAUUGUUCUUUCACUAAUAAUACUGUACCGUUUCUGGGAUUUGGGACUUGUACUUCUUUACCCGCGCACAGAUCUAAAAUUUAAAAUUGCUUUAACUUAAUACUAUUAUUUCAGUAUAUUGUUGUCGAUUAUAAAAGAUGUUAAAUUAUUUUAAAUUUUUUACUAGGUUUAGUCUGUAUUUUUUUAGCUACAUACCUACUAUUUUUUUAUCCAUAUACUAAAAGUCAAAUACAGCGUGCCAAGUCACUAAAAUUUAAGGUACUGUAUUUUAUAUCGAAUUAAUUUCUGUUAUUAAUAUUUUUAUAGGUAAGCAGACUUGGCAAGAGAUUUGUUGUACAAGCACCAAUGUCAUAGACCAGAUACCAUCUACUUCACAGGAUGUUUUAACAGAGAUGUCAGAGCAAUCUAAUAAGAAGGAAUUCGUUACUUUGCAUAAUGUUCCUUUAUCUACAACACCGUAUUUUGAGGAUGAUGUGUCAUCUAUACACGAGGUUCUGCCAUCACCAGGUAACGAACAAUUAGGUGAUGAUCCUGGCGAUUGUGACGACAGCGAUAAGGAUAAAGACUACGCCCCAGAGUCAGAAAGUUCAGAUUCUGUUAAUCUACAGCAACUUGCAGAUAAAAUAAAAAAGAAAAACAACAAUUCGGCGGGUCAAGUGGAAAAUGUUAUUAAAGAAAAUAGGCGAGGUCGGAAAACAGUAAAGGAAGAAACCAGGGAGAAAAGAAAGUUAAGAAAAACAAACAGAAAUUUGGGUAGGGAAUAUACUACCAGCAAGGGGAAACUUAUCAGAAAAAGAGAGAGAAGACCUUUAUGCUCUUGUAGGAAUGGAUGUUGUAGUAAAGUAGAUGAUGUUCAGUUGGACAUGCUUUUUGAUUAUUUCUGGUCAAUUGGCGACUUUGACGAGAGGGUUGCCUAUACCGCAAGUCUUAUUACGAAACAAAGAAAGAAAACAGCAAUAACGUCAGAAAGGAAGAAAAAGCGAGACUGUGUUAACGUUUUUCAUUUGAAAGUUAAUGGCGAGUUGAUUCAAGUUUGUAAAGGGUGCUUUGAAAAAACCUUCGAUAUUUCUAAUAAAUUUAUAACGACUGUAUUAUUAAAAAUGAACUCAACAGGAAUAUGUGAAAAAGAUAAAAGAGGUCGUAAAGAGCCUCCAAACAAAAUAAGUGAAAACAGUUUGCAGCUAGUAAAAGAUCACAUAGCUUCCAUUCCAACCUACGAAAGCCAUUAUCCCACAUAGCAAACACAUAUUAUAUGUACAUAUUAUGUAUGUUUAUAAUGUACUGACGUAUAUACAUACAAUGUCUAUUUUUAAUGCGCUGUUUAUUUUAUGGAUGUAAAAUAAACAU